UAACCUCAUAAGUUUUCAGACAGAAGUAGGAACUACUAAGAUACACAAAGAAGAUUUUGAUUGGAGCGGGAAACAAGGUAGCAACAUGGAAAGCGGGGCUGCGGUGGUGGAGCUACAAAGAAACUCAACAAACUUUGCAAACAUAGUAGAAGAGAUAGUGAAGCUGGAAAAGAAGAUAUUCCCCAAGCACGAAUCACUUGCUAGGUCCUUCGAUCAAGAGCUGAGAAAGAACAACACUGGAUUGCUUUACAUGAUGGAUCUUCAUGGAGAGGUUGUCGGCUAUGUCAUGUAUUCUUGGCCCUCUUCACUUUCUGCUUCCAUAACAAAGCUUGCAGUGAAGGAGAGUCGUAGAAGGCAAGGCCAUGGGGAAGCAUUACUAAAAGCAGCAAUUCAAAAAUGCAGGACCAGAAACAUCCAUCGGAUAUCUCUUCAUGUUGAUCCUUUGAGAAUUCCUGCCAUGGGUCUUUACAAGAAGCUUGGUUUUCAAGUUGAUAGCUUGAUCAAGUGUUACUACUCAGGUGAUAGAGAUGCCAAUAGGAUGUACUUGGAUUUUGCUUCAAACUAAGUGGAACAAUGCUUCAAAACAUUUUCUUUUCUUCUUCAAUAUAUUGGAUUGAAUUCAAUGAAUGUGCAUCCUUGAAUUGAAUUGAAGAACAGCCAUUUUGGACUUGUUUGUUUGGGUAAAUUAAGGUAAACCUGUACUGUACCUAUCUUGUAUCAUUGUCUACUUGUCUUGAAAGUUGGAACAAAAUGCUUCCUUAUGCUA